AUUGACUAUUACGACUUUAACUAAAUAACAAAAUAUGUUUUCUGUAGUUCGUUAUUACUAAAUUAAAUUUAAGAUCCUCAUUAGUUGCGUGUCAUACUCUUAUGUCUAAAAUAUGGCAGAAUUAAAAAUAUGCAGAAUAUGCCUUCGAACUGAGUCAAAGGUUUAUAAUUAUGAUCAGCAUCAAUUAAAAUCAUAUUACGAAGAAGUAUUAGCGUUAAAAGUAAAUGAAUCAGAUAAUCUACCUCAUUAUUUUUGUUUCGAAUGCGCAAUGCAGUUGCAUAAGUUUCACAAGUUCAAAGAAAAGAGUUAUUGUGGGCAGAAAAUACUGAAAGACAUGUUAAGGAAAGGCCCGAUAACAUAUGAAUCAAUAUAUAAAAUAAAUAGAUCAGCUCAUAAUCUGGAAUCACCAUUAAGACGAGUUACCUUCACGUCUAAUAUAUUUAAGCAAUACGAACAUAACGAGGCUAUAAAAGACGAAAUCAAAUAUGAACAAAGAGUAGAAAACAUACAAUUAGAUACUGUCGAUGAUUCAUUUAUUAAUGAAGAUAUUGACGACAACGAUCAAGUGGAUGAAAAGAUAGAAACAAGUCCAUACAUAGAUAAUAUAGAUAACGAAGUCGUUACUGAGGGGAAGUGUAAAGAUGAGCUUAGAACAAAAAAUAAAUUCAAACGGAUUAAUUUAAUGGAUGGUAAUAAUUGGAAGAAGAUUGAUUUGACGGAAGAGCAAGCUGUCCAGGAGCACAGAUCAAGAGCUGACGAUGAAAAAUAUAAAGCUGCUGCGUUCAAAUGUACCGAUUGUUUCAAGGGUUUCUCUAAAGAGGAGAUGCUGAAAAGACACAAUAAAUUGAGACAUAAGGAGUCGAUCGGUUCGUUCGAGUGUCGGUUCUGUCGCAUGCGCUUCAAGUGGAAGUGUGACCUUCGCAAGCACAUGCGGGCGCACUACACCAAGUACCUGUGUCUGCGCUGCCAACUCGUCUGCCCAGUGGAGAACACCGCGAUCCUCCACGAACAGUACCAUAGUGGUGUUAUAAGAAAAUGUGCUUACUGCAAUGAAGAGUUUAGGCACUCGUCGACGUAUUACACGCACCUGCGCACGCACCGCAGCGAGUUCGUGUGCUCGCUGUGCGGCUCGUCGUUCGUGAGCGAGGCGGGCCUGCACCAACACAAGCGCAUCAAGCAUUGCACUAAUGACAUUGAGAGUCCAGAUGAUGAUGAAGACGUGAACACGUUCUGUUCCCGUUGCGACAUCCGCUUCGAGACGAGGAAGGCGUACGAAGAACAUCUCUUCCACUCAGCGAUGCACGCCGAGGUCGUUGUAGAGGGCCUCCAGAUAGAACACCAACCAAGAAAGAUAUUAGGGAAGAAAAUGCAAGAUAAGAUUACAAGCUUAUUAAAAUCUAGAAAGUUCGAGAAAGUUCCAAUUAAGCCCGAGAUAAGGAGGAAUAAAAAGAUGAGGAGAAAAAAGACGAAACCUACCACAUGUCACCAAUGCGGCAAGCACUUUGACACUCAAGCGGCGUGCUUGAAGCAUCACCUGGCGGAGCAUCCCGGGACCUCCUUCUGCCCCCCCAACGAGAGACACAUCUGUGAGAUUUGCGGAGCCUCGUUAGCGCCGGGUAGCGUCGCAGUUCAUCAGAAUCUACACACGAGGGAGAAGGUUCAUUCGUGCGAGACUUGCGGGCGACAAUUUCUAUCUAACAUCGGAUUGAAGCGACAUAUGUUGACGCACACGGGAGAAAAACCGUUCGCGUGUACUUUAUGCGACAAAAGAUUCACGCAGAGCAACAGUAUGAAGCUGCAUUAUAGAACAUUUCAUCUGAAACAACCUUAUCCUAAGAGAAAUCGAAGGAAAAAAAUUGAAGACAAGAAGAACAUAUCGGACGAGGGGAGCGAUGAUGGCAACACUUCACCAAAGAAGGUUUCAGAUAGCAAGACCGAACCGGAACCGGUCGACCCGGUUCAUCCGGUGAACGCUGUGUCUGAAUCGAUUGUGAUCGAACAAAAUGAAAUAGACUAUCUGACACUUGGUUACCAAAAGUAUUAAUAAUUUUACUAUAAUAUUAUAAAUUAUUUAAUAUUGAUAUUGUAAUAAAACUUAUAAUUGAAAUCUAAAUUUUGUAACUCUGGAUUCGAACCUCGAUCAAGCCCUAAUGGCUCAGCAUGGCAAACGUAACUUGGAGUCGGACAAAU